UACACACACUUCUAAACGCGCGAUUAGUUCUGCACGGGUGCAUUAAAUUGCCCAAUUUCGACCCGGUUUAAGGCUCGACCCCUCAGCCACUGAGGUGAAAGACUAGCGGCUCCCCCCGCCCCCGUUCCAGGAAUGCAAAGUAAAGACUACAACUUCCAGAGUGCACCGCGCAUGGUUUCUUCCCGGCUCCUCCGGCCAAAGCGCGUAAGGGAAGCAGUACCUUCUGGGAGCUGUAGGCAUUUAGUGCCACGAUCGCGGGAGAUUUUGCAGGCCAGUUUUUAAAAAGGUUUGAAUUAAGCGCCACGCUGAAAACAACAACAACAACAAUAAUAAUAAUAUAUUUUUUUUUUGUAAUGAACUCGUCACGUCACGUCUCAACAAUAAACGUCGCACUGUCUGGAGAAAGGGAUGAGUGUGGAGGUGGAGCGGAAGUUUGUGUGUCGCUCUGACACAGAGACCAGACUGAAACAGCUAGGAGCUCAGUUUGUGGGUGAACGCAGUUUUCAGGAUCGCUACUUCGAUACUGGGAAGUUCACUCUCACCCUGUCUGACACCUGGCUGCGCUGCAGAGGGGCAUGCUGGGAGCUGAAAUGCCCGGUCAGAGCGAGGGAGGGAGAGGAAGAGGAGGAAGGGAGAGAGAGAGGAGGAGGACAACGAAAGAUAAAACUGUGUACCCGUUAUAGGGAAAUAACUGAGCUGUCACAGAUUGUGGACAGGGUGAGGCAAGUGGUUCUGAGAGAGAGGAGCGGAGAGGGAGAGAGAGAAAAGGAGAAGGAGAUUGAAAAGGAAGGAGGGAAAGAGGGAGAGCACUCCUGCAAGACUGAAGCAGAGUUCGAAGGACAGAGAGAGAGAAGGGAGGAGAGGGAGAAAGAAGGAGAGAGAGAGGGACAGUGGGAGAGGGAGACAGACAGUGCUUGGCUGGGUGAGUUUGCUCUAGUGCAGUUUGCCUCUUUCACCACUGUGAGGCGCUCUUACAGCCUGCCGGGAGGGGUGCGGGCCGACCUGGACUUGGUCGACUUCGGGUUCGCAGUGGGAGAACUGGAAGUGCUGGUGGAGAACCCGGAGCAGAUCCCAGCAGCGGCCGAGAAGAUCGAAGAACUGGUGGAGAAACUGGGUCUCAGCGAGGCCUGUAAGAAUCGGGUCCCUGGUAAAAUGGACGCCUACCUGAAGCAGUUUCACCCAGAGCACUAUGGGAGAUUACUGAGCGCUCACAAGCUGCACCCCUGAAACAGAGACUGCACCCCGAUCUCUCUGCGAUAUCAUUUUGUAGUUUCUUUGAUUACAUGAUGUUAAAUAAAAUAUCUACUAAAUUA